AAAUGCAAAAUAACAUGGAACAGUUUGUGCAAACUGGUUUGGAACUCGUGACCUCUCCUUCCCCUAAACGGAAAUCAAUGGAGGAGACUAUAUAAGAGAGAAACCCUAGAAAGCAUCUCCAAAAUCAUCAAAGAUGAAUCUUUACAGAUGCCAACAGAAUAUGAAGAAAUCAUAUAAAAAAGGGAAGGGCGUUGUGGAGGCGGAGGCUGAGCCGUCAAAUAAUUAUACAGCAGAGCAGAUGGAUGUUGAUCAGGACAUGGGAAUUCACUUUCAAGAGGAAUACUUAUGGACAUCCUUAACAGGUUACCUGUGCGGUCUCUUCUUCGAUUCAAAUGUGUUUCAAAAUUUUGGGGAACGUUGAUCUCCGACCCUUACUUUAAGAAGCAGCAUCUCAAUCAUGCCAAGAAAGACCAAAAUUCCCAAAAACUUCUUAUUAGCCAUUUUUACCGUAAGGAUGAUUUAUUUUCCAUGUAUUGUUGUCCUUUAUCGCCGCUUCAAUGGGUUGAGGAUGUACAAAAACUUGAUUGCCCUCCAAUCUCUAAAACAGGGCGAUACGUAAUCCAUUGUUGUUGUGAUGGCUUGGUUAUUAUCCAGGUUAAUGUUAAACGCCCAAUACUUUUGCUAUGGAACCCCUCCACAAGAGAAUCAAUAGUACUUCCAGAUCCAGAAAUUCCACUGGUGGGAGGUUCUUGUUUGGGAUUGGGUUAUGACUCAACCAGUGGUGACUAUAAGAUCCUUAAAAUUCACACUGUGGAAAAUGGUUUUGAAAUUCUAGCGUUGAAAGGUGGCCGCUGGAGAAAUACUGAUAAACAUCCUCUUGACAUUACCAAUGUGUUGAUGGGUAUGCGUUCUUUGGCAUUCGUACAUGAGGCAUUUCAUUGGAUCGUUGUUAUUGGGGAUUAUACUGCGGUUCCAAGAAGAUAUUCUCUGGUUUCUUUUAGUAUUUCAAAUGAAGUGUACGGAGAAAUACCGUUGCUAGAGCAAGUAUUGUGCUCGACGCACGACGUCACUUUUGGUGUUUCAGUAUUUGAAGGAAUGCUUUGUGUUUAUUCUACUUCUGCUUGGCAGGUAAAGGAGGGUUUCAAGCUAUGGGUAUUGAAAGACUAUGGUAUCAAGGAAUCUUGGAAUGUAUUGUUUACUAUACAUGAUCCCUUGAUUUGUCAUUUCGUAUCGAAAUAUAAGUUUGCGGAUGGUGAAGUCCUAUUCUGGUUCGGUCAUCUUCAAUCACAUGAGACUGCAUUUAGGAUGUCUAGUGACCAUUUGUAUCAUGGCCUCAAAGUGGCCUUUUUGAUGGAAUCGCUUUUACAGAAAGCUUGAUCUCUCCAAAAUCACUUAUUUAUUAGUUUCUUAUGUAUGAUUGAGACACUUUUCCUUUCUUUUAAGUUAUGAUGUACAACCUCGUAUUCUUAUAUAAGUUUAUCUGUUGCUCGCCAGUUUUUAAGUUUCAAAACGUAUUUGCCAAAGCUGUCAGCUUGCUUUUUAUCUUCUCACAUUUUUACAGAUUAAUUCAUUCCAAAGA